AGACUUCCUCCUCGAGGAAGGCAUUUCCCUGUGUUCUCGUAUUGUUGUCUCCUUCCUUUUCCCUUUUAUCCCCCCUUCAAUCUCUCGCAGAUAGAUCUCCAGCCCUCGCCCUACCUCGGUGGUAUCCCGUCCUCGCCAUGGAUGAGGAGUACGACGUGAUCGUCCUGGGGACCGGGCUGAAGGAGUGCAUCCUCAGCGGCCUCCUCUCAGUCGACGGCCUCAAGGUCCUACAUAUGGAUAGAAACGAAUAUUAUGGAGGAGAGUCAACAUCACUUAAUCUCAUCCAGCUCUGGAAAAGGUUCAGAGGUAGUGAUAAACCUCCAGCACAACUCGGACCUAGCAGAGAUUACAAUGUCGACAUGAUUCCAAAGUUUAUGAUGGCUAAUGGUACUUUGGUACGCACACUUAUACAUACUGAUGUCACAAAGUAUCUGUCUUUCAAAGCUGUGGAUGGGAGCUAUGUCUUUAAUAAGGGAAAGAUCCACAAGGUUCCUGCCACUGAUAUGGAGGCAUUGAAAUCUCCAUUGAUGGGGUUGUUUGAGAAGCGGCGAGCUCGAAAAUUCUUCAUUUAUGUCCAAAAUUAUGAUGAAAGUGAUCCAAAAACGCAUGAAGGAUUGGACCUUACAAGAGUGACGACAAAAGAAUUUAUCUCAAAAUUUGGUUUGGAUGAUAACACUGUUGAUUUUAUUGGCCAUGCCUUGGCUCUUCAUCGAGAUGAUCAGUAUCUAAAUGAGCCUGCACUUGAUACUGUGAAAAGGAUUAAGUUAUAUGAAGAAUCUUUAGCUCGUUUCCAAGGAGGCUCACCAUACAUAUACCCUUUGUAUGGAUUAGGGGAGUUACCACAGGCUUUUGCGCGCCUUAGUGCUGUUUAUGGUGGGACAUACAUGUUGAAUAAACUAGAAUGCAAGGUCGAAUUUGAUAUGGAAGGAAAAGCUUGUGGUGUGACAUCUGAAGGAGAAACAGCUCGAUGCAAGAAAGUUGUUUGUGAUCCUUCGUACCUACCAAACAAGGUUAGGAAGGUGGGAAAGGUUGCAAGGGCGAUUGCCAUUAUGAGCCAUCCGAUCCCAAAUACCGAUGAGUCUCAUUCAGCACAGGUUAUAUUGCCACAGAAGCAACUUGGACGCAAGUCUGACAUGUAUCUAUUUUGUUGUUCUUACUCGCAUAACGUUGCCCCCAAAGGGAAGUUUAUCGCCUUUGUCUCAACAGAAGCUGAGACUGAUAGGCCAGAAGUGGAACUAAAGCCUGGGAUUGAUCUUCUUGGGCCUGUGGAUGAGCUAUUUUUUGAGACUUAUGACAUAUAUGAGCCUGUCAAUGAACCCUCGCUGGAUAAUUGCUUCAUCUCAACUAGUUAUGAUGCUACAACCCAUUUUGAGUCAACCGUCAUGGACGUGCUGUCCAUGUAUACCAUGAUCACUGGAAAGACUCUUGAUCUCAGCGUGGAUCUAAGUGCUGCUAGUGCUGCUGAAGAAUGACAAUCGCAGCUCAUCCAUGAUAAUCUUUCUCGAUUGAGCUCUGUUAUUUUCAUCAGAUGACUGUCAUGCUGCACCAUUCCGAUCGAAGCUGGGUUGCUUUAUCAUAGUUGAUGUGGAAAUGCUACUUGAGAAAUUUUUUCUAAAACCUACUAGAAACACGACUUAUCUACAACUUCUACUCUAUUGGAGUACUGUAAUGUCAUACAAGGGCAAGAACAUGAUUUAAGGGAUAAUUCAAGUUGCUUGUUUCGGUUUUAAA